GCGGCCGAGCGCGCCGAGCUGCUGGGCCGCCUAGCGCGGGGCUUCGGCGUGGACCACGGCCAGGUGGCCGAGCAGAGCGCCAGCGUGCUCCAGCUGCGCCAGCAGCCGCGCGAGGCGGCCGUGCUGCUGCAGGCCGAGGACAGGCUGCGCUACGCGCUGGUGCCGCGCUACCGCGGCCUCUUCCACCACAUCAGCAAGCUGGACGGCGGCGUGCGCUUCCUGGUGCGCCUGCGGGCCGACCUGCUCGAGGCGCAGGCCCUCAAGCUGGUGGAGGGGCCGGACGUCCGGGAAAUGAACGGGGUGCUCAAGAGCAUGCUCUCAGAGUGGUUCUCCUCGGGGUUCCUGAACCUGGAGCGGGUGACCUGGCAUUCGCCAUGCGAGGUGCUGCAGAAAGUCAGCGAGUCAGAGGCCGUGCACCCCGUGAAGAGCUGGAUGGACAUGAAGCGCCGCGUCGGGCCCUACAGGAGGUGCUACUUCUUUUCUCACUGCUCCACCCCUGGGGAGCCGCUGGUCGUCCUGCACGUGGCUCUGACCGGCGACAUCCCCAGCAGCAUCCAGGCGAUAGUGAAGGAGGCCCCGCCCUCAGAGACAGAGGAGAAGACCCAGAUCGCCGCGGCCAUCUUCUACUCCAUCAGUCUGACACAGCAAGGGCUGCAGGGCGUGGAGCUGGGGACCUUCCUCAUAAAGCGGGUUGUCAAGGAGCUGCAGAGAGAGUUUCCUCACCUCGGGGCGUUCUCAAGUCUGUCGCCCAUCCCUGGGUUCACCAAGUGGCUUCUGGGGCUCCUGAACUCGCAAGCCAAGGAGCGCGGGCGGAGUGAACUGUUCACGGACUCGGAGUGUAAAGAAAUCUCUGAGGUCACUGGAGGUCCCGUCAACGAAACACUCAAGGCCUUUCUCAGCAGCAACGAGUGGGUGUCCUCGGAGAGGCUGGUCAGGGCGCUGCAGGCCCCGCUGAUGAGGCUCUGCGCCUGGUACCUGUACGGGGAGAAGCACCGCGGCUACGCCCUGAACCCCGUGGCCAACUUCCACCUGCAGAACGGCGCCGUGCUGUGGCGAAUCAACUGGAUGGCCGACACCAGCUCCCGGGGCCUCGCGGGCUCCUGCGGCCUGAUGGUCAACUACCGCUACUACCUGGAGGAGACGGGCCCCAACAGCACCGCCUACCUGGGCUCCAAGCACAUCAAAGCUUCCGAGCAGGUCCUCAGCCUGGUGGCCCAGUUUCAGAAAAACAGCAAACUCUAGAAUCUGAACCCUCCUAGAGCACACGACCAGCCUCGAAAGGAAAGCCCUCCGGACAGGCCAUGGUUAUGUGCCAGGCAGAGCCUGCCGCGUAAGCCGGAGUUGGCCUGUGCCCUCUUGCCCACAGCAGGGUGACAUGUGAGGCCGUGCCCUCACUCAUCACAGGGAAAGUGGGGUGCAGGUGCACAUGGAGGAGGUACAGUUCCUGUGCUCUCCAGAAGAUUCCGCCCUCGCCUUCGGCCAGCUCUCUCCGAGGACCAGAGCUUUGGCUCCCUGUUGUCGGGAAGCACACGGCCCUGCCAGCUGGCGCCCCGGGGUGGAAAGUCGGCCUCCCAGGACCGGGCGAGCGGCCUGGAUGGUAGCCAGUCCUUCGAGCUCACAGAAUGGAACUGGACAGUGGUGGCUCCAGCUGCUUCUCCACGCAGCACAGAGGGGUCAAGGGCUCUGCCCCUCUUACCUGUCCGUUCGCAAGCUCAUGAAUGUACGAAGAGGUUUGUGACUUUGCACUAAACACAUGAGAUGUCACUGCUUGAGGCCUAUGCUGGUGUGUAAGCUAAACUUUCGGUGAUUCAGGUUCAUAAUAGUAAAGAACAAGUUUGUUCUGUACGGCAUUAAAUACACAGUUACUUACUGGUA